UCUGCUCGGCGCCUUCAAAGCACGCACAGGGGGAAGCGGGGGUCCAAAUGGCGAGCACCGCACCUCCGCCAUCGUCACUACCGCCGCUGCUCCUCCGGCUUCUUCUCGCCGGGCUCGCUCUCACGCGAACCGCGGAGCCGCUGCGGGCCGAGCGGGGAGUGGACGAGGGGACGCCCGGAGGCGGCGAGGGCCACCACGCGGCGGAGACGCCGUGCGAGAUCAAGACCGUCACCGUCUCCACGCUGCCGGUUCUCCGGGAGAACGAGUUCAGCUUCACCGGUGUCGGAGCCGCCGGGAGCGCGGUGGGAGCAGGAGAAGUAGGAAGUAGUGUCGCCGGAGCAGGUGGCACCGCGGGAGGAGGACCAGGAGGAGGGGAGUCGCGGCUCUUGUUGUUCGUCAGGACGGAUCUACCUGGGAUGAUUUCCGUCAUGGAUGAUCUCGACAACACGGCUCUUCCUUACUUCACUCUCGAGAUGUCUGGAACGGAGGAGGGCAUUUCUCAGGUGCACUGGAAGCAGCAGUGGUUGGAGAACGGGACGCUCUACUUCCACGUGUCCGUCACCGAAUCGGAGCAAGUGGCCCAAACGACGCAAGCCUCGGCGCGGGAACCGGCCCACGGGCUGCACGAACACAUGCACCUGCUGCACAUCUCCGUUAUGGGAGGCCUCAUCGCUCUGCUCCUUCUCAUUCUCCUCUUCACCCUCGUCCUCUACACCCGCCACCGAUGGUGCAAGCGCCGGCGCAUCCCCCAGAAGAGCGCCAGCACGGAAGCCACCCACGAGAUCCACUACAUCCCCUCGGUCCUGCUCGGGCCCCAGGGGCGGGACAGCUACCGGGGCUCGCGGGGGACUCACCAGCACGGCAGCUCCGUCAUCGGCGUGCCCAUCCGGGAGACGCCCAUCCUCGACGACUACGACUGCGACGACGACGACCCGGUGGGACGCUCGUUGAACUCCACCCCCAACCAGCUGCACAGCAAACUGAGCGACGGGAAGAUCCAGGAGGAUUACGGGGUCGGGAUGGGCUACGGAGGACACGCCGACAUCAAGCAGGAGGAGUUGAUGCACAAUCUGGACAAACGAGCCCUUGACCCAAACAGGGAGGCGGUGGAGGAUUUGAUGCAGAGGUUCCAGGACAGCUUCCGCAUUCCUAAAACAUCGCCGGACCUUUCCCACUACCAGCACGUCAUCCACAGCUCAUCUACCGGCCGCCGCAGGGUCCCCAGCCACACCAGAGCAACCGGUGGCGUGUUCGGUCCUCAAGGAGAAUCGGGGUCGGAGCCGGAAGACGACAGCCAAAUGAAGUUCUACACCGAGCAGCACAGAGGACGACGGCGCAGCAAAGGCCACCCACACAGUCCGCUGAACAAGGUCACCCUGACAUUGAUUACCAUCAGCACCUGUGUCGUCGCCAUUGUCUACGCCACACAGGAUUCCUGCCCACUCACUGUCAAGGUCACGCUCCACGUGCCCGAGCACUUUGUUGCAGAUGGAAGUAGUUUCGUGGUGGCCAUGGGCGGCUUCCUGGAUGUUUCCAACUGGUUGAACCCGGCCAAGCUCGUCCUCUACUAUCAGACCAAUUCGUCCACGCAGUGGGUCCGGGAUUACUGCGGGCAGAGGACCACCGACCCCUGCGAACAGAUCUGUGACCAGGACACAGGAGAAUGCAGCUGUCAUGACGGCUAUUCCCCGGAUCCUGUCCAUAAACACCUCUGUGUUCGCAGUGACUGGGGUCAGAAUGAAGGGCCUUGGCCGUACGCUAACUUGGAGAAAGGCUACGACCUAGUUACCGGCGAACAAGCCCCAGAGAGGAUCUUCAGAUCACUCUACAGUCUGGGUCAAGGCUUGUGGCUGCCGGUCAGCAAGAGCUUUGUGGUGCCGCCGGUGGAGCUGUCCAUCAACCCCAUCGCCAGCUGCAAGACCGACGUGCUGGUGAUCGAAGAUCCAGGGGAGGUCAGAGACGAAGCCAUGAUGUCCACAUAUUUCGAGACCGUCGAGGACCUGCUGGCAUCUUUCGGGCCGGUCCGGGACUGCUCCCAAGACAACGGCAACUGCAAGAAGAAUUUCAAGUGUGUGACGGACCGUCGGUUGGACUCUUCGGGCUGCUUGUGUCCUAAUGGGCUCAGGCCGAUGAAGGAUGGCUCCGGUUGCUAUGACUACUCCAGGGGCAUCGACUGCACGGACGGCUUCAACGGCGGCUGCGAGCAGCUGUGCCACCAGCAGCUCGUACCUCUCGAAGACCAGCCCGGAUCCAACAACGUGCUCAUGUACUGCGGGUGUGUGCAGGAGUACAAACUGGCAGCGGACGGGCGUUCCUGUCUUCUGCAGUCAGACAACUGCGAGGGGCCCAAAUGUCCGCGGAAGGCCGCUCACUUUAACGACACUUUGUUCGGGGAGAUGCUGCGCGGGUACGACAACAAAAGCCAGCAGGUCAACCUGGGACAGAUCUUCCAGAUGACUUUCAGAGAUAACAACUUCAUUAAGGACUUCCCCCAGUUAGCUGACGGCCUCAUGGUUCUUCCUCUACCGGUGGAGGAACAAUGCAGAGGAGUGUUGUCUGAACCGCUGCCAAACCUGGACCUCCUCACAGGCAACGCUAAGUUCAAUGAGGCAGCAGGCUAUCCGAUGGUUCAACAGUGGCGAGUGCGCAGCAAUCUCUACAAAGUCAAGCUCAGUUCCAUCACGUUGGCCUCAGGUUUUGCAAAGGUUCUUAAGACGCUGUCAGGGGCGAGCACACGCGAGGAGCUGUUGGCCCUCCUCCAGCAACACGGCAGCCACUACGUGUCGGAGGCCCUGUAUGGCUCCGAGAUCAAUUGCACGAUCUACUUCCCCAGCAAGAAGGCCCAGCAGCAGCUGUGGCUACAGUACCAGAAAGAGGCAACAGAUCAAGGGGUUGGCGGAAUUGCCGGUGGGCGUCACGAGUUGAAGGCGGUGCCCUUCAUCAGCUACCUGGCGGCGCUGCAGAAGACCCAGCUGUUGUCCAACGACGUAGUGAACGGCGUGGAGAUUCGCUGCGAGGAGAAGGGUAGCUGUCCGUCCGGAUGCCACCUGUGCCACCACCAGGUCACGGCAGCGGGGCCGGCGGCAGGCAGAGGCCGGGCCGGUAACGGCAGGGGCGGCGAGCAGCCUUCGCCCAUCCCUGUGCUGUUGGAAGUCAGCCGUGUGGUGCCUCUCUAUAGCCUGGUGCAGGACAACGUCACCAAAGAGGCCUUCAAGAGCGCCGCGAUGAGCUCAUACUGGUGUGGCGGAAAGGGCGACGUCGUUGAUAACUGGUGUCGCUGUGACCUGAGUGCCUUCAGCAGAGACGGCCUGCCCAACUGCAGUCCCCUCAGGCAGCCGGUUUUACGCCUGGCCCCCUACCUGGAGCCCUCAAGCACAAUGGUGGCCCUUGAGUGGUUGGAUGUGGAGCCCCUGAUUGGGUGCAAAGUUUCUGACUACAUCAUCCAGCAUAAACGGGUGGAGGACCCCUCGGAGGCUGAGAUCUACACAGGUGAAGUGUUGAGCCUGCUGGACGAUCUCUUGUCCGGUUUGGGUUCGUCCUGCGUGGUACCCGGCAAGAGGAGCGGCGAACAUCCCCACGCUCUGCUUUAUUCUGUCGUAUUCAAGUGCCUGGAGCCUGACAGUCUCUACAAGUUCACUCUCUAUGCAGUGGAUAGCCGUGGCAGUCACUCCGAGUCCAGCUACGUCUCCGUACGGACGUCCUGCCCGAUGGUGGAUGACAGCCGAGCUGAAGAAAUAGCGGACAAAGUGUACAGCUUGUACAACGGCUACACGAGUGGCAAAGAGCAGCAGAUGGCCUACAACACCUUGAUGGAAAUCCCUCCGCCUCUGCUCUACCGAGUCCAGCACCACUACAAUUCCCUCUAUGAGAAGUUCGGAGACUUCGUCUGGCGCAGCGAGGACGAGCUGGGCCCCAGAAAAGCCAACCUGAUCCUCCGGAGGGUGGACAAGAUCAGCCACUACUGCCGCUCCCUCCUGCGUAGCACCCACAUCCAGAGCCGCACCGACACCAUGGCGUACGUCUUCUGCCGCAGCGACGAGGGUCGGCCGCCCGGGGCGGCGUGGCGCAACUCGUUGCACGAAGGACGCACCACCUGCACAGAGAAGCUCAUUUCCAUACAGCGCAACACGUACAGCAGCACAAAACUGCGAUGAGAAGCGAGAACGGGAGACACGCUGCCAGUCGGGACUCGACAUUGACUGCAGCAGGUGUCUCCGUGGUAAAAACGAAAAAACAAAAACUGGGACUUACUUUUACUGUGAGACUACACACAAAAACAUCGAGAACUGUGGAAAAAAAAAAAAAAAAACGAGAAAGUGCAACGUCAACAUGUAAAAUAGUCCUCGACCAAAAGAUAAUGUUUAAAUACUUUGAAUGUAACUUUGUGGUUCCUUUUUUUAUUUGAAGCACCUAAAAGAGCAAAACAAGGGGAUUUCUAGUAAAUGAAACUGCAUCAAAACCAUGCAGAAUACUACUUAUUUGUUUUGGCAAAGAGUACUAAUUUUCCUGCAUUUCUACAGAUCUUGUCGGUUGUUUGCAUUAUUUAAAAAAGUCAAAUUAUAAUAACUUUUUAAAACACAACUGAAAUGAGCAAAAUAGGAUUUCUUCUAGUCUAAAGAUUUUGGACUUCAAGCAGCUUUCAUAAACAUUUUCUAUGCAGAAGAAAUGUCAAACAGUUAAUUUAAGUCCUCUUAUAAGUUAUCAAUGGUAAUGGUGUCCUGAUCGGUCCGAUAUCUGCUAAAAACAAGGUAUUGUGUCAGCAUAUUUUCCAGACAAUAAGCCGUUACUUUUUUCCCCAAACU